CAACAAGCGCACUUGAACACAUCACUGGCAGGCAGCCCGGCGAUGAGCUGUCUGCAGCAGCAGCAGGAUCACAAGUGUUUUUCGAACGAGCUCGGAGGAAAAUGUCGACUUUUUUUGGGGGGGGGGACACAUUAGUUUGAGGAGUCGGCGGUUUGCGAUGUAUUCGGACACGAAGGAUGGUUUGAUCCCGCGGCGUUGACACGAGAAGUGAGAGAACAGAGGCGAAGUGAGGCGAAGCGAUGAUGAACUCAGGUGGAGGUAUGCACAAGCCACCUUUGGCCCCUAAGCCUAAACUGGUACAGAAGCCAGGGCUCUCUCCCUCCACCACCAGAAGAGAUGGCCUUUCUCUCCCAUCUCCUGGCACACAGAGAAAGGUCAAACCAGUACUGGCCCCCAAACCCUGCCUCUCCAAACUCACAGCUGCGGUGGAAUCCAAACCUCUCGCCUCGAAGAGCCUGCACCCAACAUCUGUAACAGAAAGCCCUCGGGCCGUUGGGCUACUGAACUCCCAAAAUGGAAUACAGCAAGAAAACAAAAAGCCAGAUUGGGAUUAUAUUAUUCCUAUUUGCCUGUGUAGCCAGGAAAACUGCCAGUGCAUUAGGAACACACCACCGGGCAGACACAGAGUGGAGAAAGAGUUGAACACAUUGCACAAUGGCAGAACGGAAGUUAACAGAAACAUUCUCCUUACAUCUCGAUGUGCAGUGGAGAGUGGAGAGAGAACCGCUCAUAGCCAUGUGAUUAGCGAUACCCUGGCACAAAAUGCUAAUCUACAUCCGGCCUCUACCAUUACCCACCUCACGCACCAUAAACCUCUACAAGAGAUGCACAAUGUGGACAAAAACCCUAACACGGACAUCAGCACCUCCAGGCCCGCGGUGAACGUUAGGCCCUCUCUUCCUCACAGAACGUGGAGUGAUGAGGCAAAUGGUAACGUAAUACCUCAGAGUCCACCUGGGCAGGGACCAAAGGAAGUUGCUCUUGGCUCAGAGCAAACCUCUUGUGUGCCCGGACCCAAACCAGUCCCAGCAGCCGCUGUGAAACCCGUCCCUGUACCACGGAAACCCAGGGCCGCUGCUCUGGCUGUUCAGGAAAAGGUGGAGGGGGAUAGGGAAGAGGGUAUGAGCCAGGAAGGGAGGGAAUUUAACGUCAGAGAGGUGAAUGUGUCAUCAGCGGGGAAGGACAGCGCAUCCCUAUCUGUCAGUGUACCUGUUAAUGAAAACAGGCAGCCAGUUGUUCUUUCUGUGAGGAAAGCCUGCGCCCCACCAGCGCCUCCACCCAAGAAAAAGCCUUUUCUGUCUGCACCUGAGAAAGUGUCAUUUGAGACACUGCCAAAGGACGUGGAUGAGGAAGACCUGGGCUGGGACGGCAGCAUCUAUGAGAUGGAGAUAUCAGUUGACAAGGAGGAUGAAGAGGUGGAGAAGGAGAUGGAAGGAAAGGAAGAUCAAGAGGCAGUCUACAGCGACCUCACACGUUGCCCUCCGUGUAGCAGUUCGCUCCAGCAGCUGGAGAUCAGGCAGCCUCCUGCCGUCACUGCGGCAGCGGAGAAGGUGCCUCCAAGUAAGCCGCAGAGACACAAAAACCCAAAGGCAUGCAUCCAGAGGAAGGAAUCAUCGGAGGUGAAAGAAAAGGGGACGUUGGCAGAUAAUGAGAAAAGACGAGUGCUUCCCAGACAAGAUUGUGUUUUAAUGGAGACAGCAAUGAGGGAGCUGCCUUUGCCUCCGGGGGAGAAAGCAAGCAGGAACCUCCUAACGGCUGGAAUCGUGAAGCCCUCGCGGUCCAGCCUGGGCAAACAGAAAGCCAAGUCGUUUUCUGUUGCUGACCUCGUUUGCUCAGACAGGUCGAGGAGGAACUCUUUCCGCAAACUGUUGGACCUGAAGCUCUCGGUGAAGAUGCUGCCCAAGCUGAUAGCAAAAGGAGGCCAGAGCCAGGACUGCACUGCGAACGACAACGAACAAAGUGUGGACAAUCACCAAGAUGCAAGUCAGAACCUCCCCGAGCAUCUCGGGUCGGAGCGUAAAUUCUCCUGGCCUCUGAUUGGAGUGGAGCAAAGCGUGGAUGGUGAUGAAGAUGUUCUCUAUGAGAACAUCCGUCACUACGAGGAGAUUCCGGACUACGAGGAGGUUCUUGUGGGAGAGGCAGCGUCGUCUCCUCGGGCCUCCUUCGCGCCGCCUACGGCCUGGCACAGUCAAAUGUACGAUGAUGGGAUUUACGAGGAGCCGGAGCCAUAUGUGUCCUUUGAGAAAAACAGUGGGAACCAACAGUGUCAGAAACCAACACAAAAUGAAAGAAGCUCCGUCAGUGAGGAAGUGGCGCCCCUGGGCGAUGGCCCCUCAGACGAUGAUUUCAUGGCGACCACGUUGUCGUCAGAUGAGGAGGAUGAGAAUGAUAGCAGCUCCAUCUCAAGUAAAGGAGACCCCGAGCAGGCAGAGGAGAGUGCGACACAGAGUGGACAGAAGAAGAGCAAGAUUCACCACAUCGCCACAGAAAUCAUGAGCUCUGAGAGUGUGUUUGUUGAUGUCCUGAGUCUGCUUCAUGUUGACUUUCGCGAUGCAGUGUCUAAAGCAUCUCGUCAGAGUGGGAAGCCCGUGAUUGAGGAACGUCUUCUCAACCAGAUCCUGUAUUACCUCCCACAACUCUACGAACUCAACCAAGACCUGCUGAGAGAGCUGAAGCAGAGAUUGUCCAAAUGGGAUGAGAAAGCGCAGCUAGCAGACAUUUUCCUGAAGAAGGGGCCCUAUCUGAAGAUGUACUCCACAUACAUCCGCGAGUUUGACAAGAAUGUGACUCUACUGGAAGAGCAGACUAAGAGGAACACAGCAUUCGGCGCUGUGGUGCGCGAAUUUGAGGCCACCCCUCGCUGCGCUGGCCUGGCUCUGAGGCAUUACCUACUGAAGCCCAUUCAGAGGAUUCCUCAGUAUCAGCUGCUGCUCACAGACUAUUUGAAAAACCUGUCUGAGAACUCAGUUGAUUACAAAGACACACAAGCUGCCCUUGCUCUUGUAAAAGAGGUGGCCAAUCAUGCCAACGACAUCAUGAAACAAGGGGAUAAUUUCCAGAAGCUGAUCCAGGUGCAGUGCAGGCUGAACGGCCACCAUGAGGUAGUCCAGCCUGGACGGAUCUUCCUGAAAGAGGGCGUCCUGAUGAAGCUGGCCAGGAAGGUCAUGCAGCCCAGAAUGUUCUUCCUGUUUAACGACACUCUGCUAUACACCACUCCUGUUCAGUCAGGCCAGUACAAGCUGAACAACAUGCUGUGUCUGGCUGGGAUGAAGGUUAGCAAGCCAAGCCAAGAGGCCUAUCAGAACGAGCUGAACAUUGAGAGUGUGGAGCGCUCCUUCAUUCUCUCUGCGAGCUCGGCCACAGAGAGGGAUGAGUGGCUUGAGGCCAUUUCCACAGCGAUCAGUGACUUCACCAGGAAGAAGAUCAGUUUCAUAUCAGGCAAACCUCCAGAGGAGGUAGAACUGACUGAUGCUAGUGAUGGUGCUCCUUUGGGAUCCAAGGCCCCAAUAUGGAUCCCAGACCCGAGGACCACCAUGUGCAUGAUCUGCACCUGUGAGUUCUCCCUGACAUGGAGGAGACACCACUGCCGUGCAUGUGGAAAGGUGGUGUGCCAGUCCUGUUCCUCCAACAAACACUGCCUUGAAUACCUGAAGAACCAGUUAGCACGAGUGUGUGACCAGUGUGUUGUUGUUCUUCAGCAGCAGAAAAGUGAAAGCUCCAUAUCAGCAGCCGUAUCCCCUGGAAGCAGAGCUACUUUUGCUUUUUCCAGGAAGCAGAAGAAGAUACCUGCGGCGCUCAAAGAGGUGACGGCAAACACAGACAACUCCUCCAUGAGUGGGUAUCUCCAGAGGUCCAAGGGCAAUAAGAAGCAGGGGAAGAGGCUGUGGUUUGUCAUCAAGGACAAAGUCUUGUACACUUACGCUGCAAGUGAGGACGUCGCAGCCUUAGAGAGCCAGCCCCUGUUAGGAUUUAUGUUGAAAGUAGAUUCAUCACAGAAGUUACUGUUUAAACUCUACCACAAAAACACACUUUACCAUAUUUUCAAAGCUGACGACGCACAAACAGCUCAGAGAUGGAUCAACUCAUUCAAAGAAGCCACUGUACUCUAAUACCCACAGACCGCGUGUGAAGUUCUUCAACAUACUUUCUAAGUGUUUUACCUCAGUUCUGCGUAAAUCACGCACAAUAUUAGUUGCUUUAAAAUGAAGUAAAUACAUAGUGUUUAAUUGUUUUUUAUUAGAUUCAUUGUAGUUACCAUUCCAUUGUUUUUAGAUCGCUCCAGUGAAGGUGGACAUUUCACAUUGUUAAUGUUAAUAUGAAUCUUUUCCACCAGGAAAAUUAUUCUAGCUAUUUAAGACUUUUACACUCUGAUUUAGUCACACUUUAAUUUAUUGUAUAGUGACCUGCUUGGAUCUCAUAGUAGAGCUUUGUCAAUUAGAGUGCAUCAUCUGUAAUUUUUUAUAAAUUCUGUCAUUUCAUUUUUAUCCACAUUUGCCUGAUAAUAUUCAGAGGUCAAAACAAAGUUUGUUGAUGAAGAUGUUUUCGGUAGUUCACGUAUAAUUUCUUUAUUUCACACUUGUGAAUUUGGCAAUAGAACACAAUGUGCACUCUUAAUGCUUAUUUAAGAAAGUUUCACUUCUCAUUAUUCAGCCUUGCUGAGUCACCUUAGCUCUUUAGGGUGUAUCAGGGGGAAUAUUCACUGUUUGGACAUUCGGAAACUGUAUUUUGACAAAACUACCGCAAUGUGUUUUGUACUUAAGUCACUCAAAUGGCUGACAAUUACAAUUUGUAAAUAUCAAUAAUUGUAAAUGAAAUGUUAUUAAAUUUCCAUGAAUCUCAUUUUUACUGUUAAAUUCUUUCACUCUAAUAAAAUUCAGUUUGUCUGUG